AUGCUGGUGUGCGCCCCAACUGGAGCCGGAAAGACGAAUGUCGCGCUACUGACGAUUCUCCACGAGAUCAAAAAAAUCAUGGAAGAGUUGGGCGUGAUUCGACGCGAAGAAAUGAUAAUCAUCUAUGUGGCGCCGAUGAAGGCUUUGGCUCAAGAGAUUGUUGCCAAAUUCACAAACACGCUGGGGAAACUUGGACUGAUUGUUCGGGAACUGACCGGAGAUAUGCAGCUGACUCGGCAGGAGAUCGCUGAAACCCAGGUGAUCGUAACGACGCCCGAGAAGUGGGAUGUCAUCACUCGCAAGGGAGGCGAUAACUCGCUUGUCGAGAAAGUGAAGUUGUUGAUUUUGGAUGAAGUGCACUUGCUAGCGAGUGAUCGAGGCAAUGUAAUUGAAAGCAUCACCGCUCGCACACUCCGUCAGAUCGAGUCAACUCAAAAGUUUAUUCGACUUGUCGGACUUUCUGCAACGCUUCCCAACUACAUGGAUGUUGCCGAGUUCCUUCACGUCAACUUGGAGCCAGGAAAGGGAUUGUUCUACUGCGAUGACUCGUUCCGUCCUGUGCCUUUGACCCAGCGUUUCAUCGGCAUUACCAUCCAGAACAAAGCGAAGGCCACCGAGAAGCAGUACGAACUGGCGUUCGAUCGAGUGGUGGAGGAGCUGAAGAUCGAUAAGCAGGCGAUGGUUUUCGUCCACAGUCGUCGCGACACGUUAGUUACCGCCCUCAAAAUCCUCGAUUACGCCCAGCAAAAGGGAAAGCAGGGCUUCUUCCAAACUCCCAUCGACCACGAAGAAUACAGUUACUACAGCGGUCGUGUUCAGCGAUCCCACAACGCUCAGCUACAAAAAUUAUUCGCCAGUGGUAUUGGAAUUCACCACGCCGGAAUGCGUCGCGCGGAUCGAUCUCUCGUUGAAGAAAUGUUCGCCAAAGGCGUUCUCCGCGUGAUUUGCUGCACAGCCACGCUGGCCUGGGGUGUGAAUCUCCCAGCCCAUGGCGUUAUCAUUAAAGGAACGCAGCUCUACGAUGCUUCGCGCGGCGGAUGGUGCGAUGUCGACAUUUUGGAUGUGAUUCAAAUCUUUGGACGAGCUGGCCGACCUCAAUUCGAUACAACUGGAGAAGGCUGCAUCAUCGGCAUGCACGACAGCAUUGAUAACUUCGCUCGCUUGAUGGUGAUGAAGCUUCCAAUCGAGUCUCACUUCAUGAAGAAUCUGUGCGAUCAUAUGAAUGCGGAAAUCGUGGCAGGAACCGUCACGAAUAUCCGCGAGGCGGUGAUUUGGAUCCAAUACACAUACAUGUACAUCCGCAUGCUGAAGAGUCCCAAGGCGUACGGCGUGAGCAAUGAAGAGCGACUGCGCGAUCCUUCCCUGUUUUUGCAUUGCGAAAACAUGGUUAUAGACACGGCCACACAGUUGGAUAAUGCGCACAUGAUUCGCUAUGAUAUGGAAACGGGCAAUCUGUUCCCAACCGAUCUCGGUCGUGUGGCUUCUCACUUCUAUAUCGCGUAUUCAACGAUCGAGAUUGUGAACAACACACUGCUGGACACUUCCACUUGGGAAACGAUUCUGAUGAUCAUCUCGCAGAGCCAAGAGUUUGUUUCGAUCAAGUUGCGAGACGAAGAAAUCGCAGAAUUGAAGGACAUGCGAAGCCAGUGCUGCCGCAUCAGCACCAAAGCGAAGCUGGAUGACGAUUUCACCAAGACGUUCAUCUUGCUCCAAGCCUACAUCAGUCAAUGGGAGCCGCACGAAGCCACGCUCUUCUCCGACUUCAACUUCAUUUCUCAAAACGCGGGGCGAAUCACGCGCGCUUUAUUCGAGAUUUGCAUUCAGCGCGGCUGGUCGAACGCGGCGUACAAACUCUUGUGUCUGUGCCGCUCUAUCGAAAAGCGAAUCUGGUUCACUGACCAUCCGCUGAGCCAAGUCCCCAUCCAUCGCGAGCUUCUCGGUCGGAUCGUCAAUCGCCGCCUUUCCCUGGAAGACCUGCGUGACAUGAAAGACGACGAGAUUUCUGCGUAUUUGGAUCAGCGAAACAUUGGAAAAGUCGUGUCGAAUCUGGUUCGCAUGCUUCCUUUCUACGAGGUGGAAGGCGCGUUGCAGCCAGUCACGUCUACCAUUCUUCGCGUUUCUGUAUCGAUUAAAUGCGCGUAUAACUGGACACUGAAGAUGCACGGACCGAUCGAUCAAUUGUGGGUCUGGAUUGAGAAUUCCCAGACGCACAUGAUUUUGUACUCCGAAGAGCUUCAGAUCCAAUACAAAAAGAGAAAAGAAGAGCAGACCCUGGAGUUCGCCAUCCCCGUUUUCCCUCCACUCCCCGAGUUCUACACUCUUCGUGUUUGCUCCGAUCAUUGGCUCGGGUCGGAUAUCGAAGUCUACCUCCCUCUCCGCGGUCUCCGCAUGCCGCACGACUCCAAGCGACAAACGCCGCUCCUCGAUCUCGAUCCCCUCCCCGUUACCGCCCUCAAAAACCGCGGAUAUCAGCGUCUUUACAGCUUCUCCCACUUCAACGCGGUGCAGACGCAAGUCUUCUUCAUGUCCUACCAUACCGAUGAAAACCUGCUGAUCUGCGCGCCGACAGGCUCUGGAAAAACCGUGGUGGCCGAGCUCGCGGUGAUGCGGUUGCUGGAAGCUCACAAAGGAGAGAAGGCCGUGUAUAUCGGUCCGUUGAAGUCGCUGGUGCGCCAGAAGCUGCUGGAUUGGAAGGAGAGUUUUGAGAACCGAUUGGGGCAUCGCGUGAUCGAGUUGACUGGAGAUUCGGCUCCGGAAUUGGGGCAGAUCCAGCGCGCGGAUAUUAUCGUAACGACGCCCGAGAAGUGGGAUGGAGUGAGUCGACAGUGGGAGCAUCGAAGCUAUGUGCAGAAAGUGGGCGUGAUCAUUCUCGAUGAAAUCCAUCUGCUGGGCGCCGAUCGAGGUCCCAUCAUUGAGGUCAUCGUCUCGCGUCUUCGCUUCAUCGCACAGAAAGAAAACAGACACAUUCGUGUCAUCGGACUGAGUACAGCGCUCGCCAAUGCCACCGAUCUCGGAGACUGGCUUGGAAUCCACGGAACGGGGCUGUACAACUUCUCCCACUCCGUGCGACCGGUGCAGCUGCAAGUCCACAUUUCCGGCUAUCCAGGAAAGCACUAUUGUCCGCGCAUGGCCACAAUGAAUAAGCCGUGCUACACCGCCAUUCGGCAGUAUUCGCCUCACAAGCCCGUUCUUGUGUUCGUGGCGUCGCGUCGCCAAACGCGACUGACCGCGUUCGGUUUGAUUAACUACGCGGCGUUCGACGAUCCCUUCCAAUGGCUUCACAUGAAUCCCGAGGAGAUGCGCGUGAUUAUCAGCACGAUUCGCGACGAAAGCCUCCGAGAAACGCUUCCGUUUGGAGUUGGAAUCCACCACGCCGGUCUCUGCGCUAAUGAUCGAAUGAUCGUCGAGCGACUCUUCUCUCAAGAGAAGAUUCAGAUUCUCUGCACGACCUCCACGCUGGCGUGGGGAGUCAAUCUCCCUGCGUAUUUGGUGAUCGUGAAAGGAACGGAGUACCACGAUGGAAAGACGUGCCGAUGGGUGGAUUACCCGAUCACAGAUGUGUUGCAGAUGAUGGGACGUGCAGGACGACCGCAAUACGAUUCGGAAGGCGUGGCUUGCGUGAUGGUUCACGACAUCAAAAAGAACUACUACAAGAAGUUUUUGUAUGAACCCUUCCCGGUGGAAUCGUCCUUGCAUCUGCAUCUCCAUGAUCACAUCAACGCCGAAAUCGCCGCUGGAAAUCUCAAGAACGUGCAGGAUGUGAUUGAUUAUCUGAGCUGGACGUUCUUCUAUCGCCGCCUUCUCAGCAAUCCUUCCUAUUACGGUCUUUAUUCCGAUAAAGUCGAGGACAUCCAGACCUUCCUUCUCGACAUGGUCACCAGCGUGCUGCGCACGUUAGAAAGCGCUGGCUGCAUCAAACUGAAGGAAAACAACGCGAUCGAAUCGCUCAAGCUGGGUCAGAUCUCCUCGUUCUACUACGUCGCUUAUUCGACGGUCCACCUCUUCGCCAACGAUCUCUUCCAAAUCGAAACGAUUCCCGAGCUGCUCACGCUCAUCUCCAACGCGACGGAGUACGAUCCAGAGCCUGUUCGACACAACGAAGAGAUCCACAACGAGGCGUUGAGCCAUAACAUGUAUUGGCCCGUCGACGAAAACGCCAAUUUCGAGGAUCCGCACAUCAAAACGUAUCUGCUGCUUCAGAGCUUCAUGCUGCGGCUUCCGCUCCCUGUGGCCGAUUUUGUGAACGAUCAGAGCAGCGUGCUCGAUAAUUCCAUUCGAUUGAUCAACGCUCUCGCGGACAUUGCGGGCGAAUUGAAGCUGUCCAAUCAGCUGCGCUUGAUUUUCACGACGAUGCCGCUGCUGAUUCAAGCGAUUAUGCCGUACGAUUCCGAGUUUUUGCAGCUCGACGGAAUGGACAACAGCAUUAUGAAACGGCUUAAGAACGAAGGAUAUCGCAAGUUGAAGGACUUCCGAAAUCAUUCUGAGUCCGAGCUGAUGGACGUGAUGAUGAAAUGUCGCUUGGAUUCAAACCUGGCCUCCAAAAUCAUCAAGUCCUUCUUCAAUCUCCCAGAACUCAUCGUUGCCUUCAGCAUUCUCGACGACAAGAAGCAGCUCGAUCCCGCAAACCUCGUGCUUCUGGUGGAGAAGGAAUACGUCGUGGAGGUUUCGCUGAAGUUGAAGAAAGUGGUGCCGCAACGCGUUUUCGCUCCGCGAUUCAAAAAGCCGAAGAACUACUCCUAUUUCGUGUUCGUAGAGAACGCAGCGGGGCAGAUUCUGACCUGGAAACGUGCCUCUGUGGUGAAGAAUACGACGGUUAAGCUGCCUAUUUGCUUGAAGAGUGUCGGAUCGCAGGAGCUGACAAUUCGCGUCAUGUGCGAUUCGGUGGUGGGAAUCGACGAGUCGAUGGAUAUGAAUGUGAAGGUGACGGGAAGUGAAGAGGAGGCGCAGCAAUUUGAGUCGAGUACGAGGAGUUUCCAGGAGUAUAAGGACGAUGAAAUGGAUGCUGAUCAAUUUGAGGAUGAGAUUUUCGAUGAGUAUUUGGCAGAUGGGUUCUAA